CGACUAACCGCUUGAGCUAUGGCGCGGCCCUAACCAGGAACUCACUCCAAAAUAACAUUUUUUAGUUACGCCAGCAUUGUCGACCUACUUAGCUCUUUUAAUAAUCCGUGCUAAUAUUGAUCGUGGAACAAGACACAGUUAUGUUGGUAGCCCUGAUAGUUUACACGAUUCCGCCAAAAAUGAAACAAGGUGGGAAGAAGAAGCCGAUACAAACGGCGGAGAUUGAGAAAAAUUGUGAUAAAUCUGUAUCACCUGACUGGCCUUGCCCCAAACGUAGCAAAAUAUCAGAUAGCGAUGAAGAGUUACAGGAGUCCGUGAUGAGCGGCAACAAUAAACGCUGGUCUGCUGUAGAAACUGACGUUGAACCUGAAAUUCUGGAAGAUAUGGGUGUUGGUAUGCUUGAAGAUGAAGGACAUGGUGAUGGUCAGAAAAAACAGAAGAGAUCUCUGGAACAGGAAUCUGAGCUGUCAUCACCACUUUGUGAACCAGUAUCUGAGCCAAAUGGCAAUGAAUCAAGGCUUCAGCCCAGUCAACAAGGCAGAUCACUAGAUUAUAGAAAGAAUGAUGAACUUGGUGAAGAUUUCUUUCUCUAUCGGCGGAAGCAACCAAUGAAUCUUAGAGGAGAAGAUGUAUUUUUAAAGCUGUCGGAUGAGAUGGUGCUCAUGAUAUUCCGAUGGUUACCAAAGAAUAUGCUAGUGAGGUGUUCCCUAGUCUGUAAACGCUGGCAAAGAAUUGCUUAUGAUGAAGUACUGUGGACAAGGUUGGACCUUGGAUCAAGGAGUCUUAAUCCUGGAAAUCUUGGUCAUGUGUUGAUACGAGGAACCAUUAUCCUGCGAUUGGCCCAGGCGGAAGUGUCUGAUCCUGUGUUCUUCAGUAAUUGUUCACUUCUAACCAGGGAGACUCCAUGUAAACUCCAGUAUUUGGACUUGAGUAUGGCUGUCAUAUCUGUAAAAGGCCUUGCUGACUUGUUGAAUGUCUGCAAGAAUCUUCAGAAACUCAGUUUGGAGCAUUGCACUCUUAGUGACAAAGCAUGUGCUGCUAUUGGGCAAAAUCAUAACCUGGAUGUUCUCAACUUGUCAGCAUGCUAUGGCAUCACUCAGGGUUGCAUCAGCAAUAUUCUUACUGGCUGCAGAAAGUUGUCAGCCCUUAACAUAGCUUGGACUAAUCUCUCAUUGGCUGCUUUAAAUACUCUCUGUACUGAACUGCCUCGUUCAUUGCAGAGGAUUAAUAUUAGUGGCUGUCGCAAAACUCUUACUGACAAUCAUGUUCGUCAGUUAGUUACUGCCUGUCCUGAGCUGGUUGAGUUGGACCUGAGUGACUGUACAAGCCUGACUUCAGAAACAAUAAGUAUUGUAACAAAGUUAGAUAAAAUUGAGUAUCUUGCACUCAGUCGGUGUUACAGUAUAACUCCAGCAGCAUACUUGCAAUUAUCAUCAGUUAGCUCACUAAUGUACCUGGAUGUUUUCAAUUUGAUGAGUGAGCAAUCAUUAGCAAACUUGCAAGAUAAUCUUCGUGAAGUGGAUGUUAACAAGUUCCUGUUUUCAAGUGUUGCCCGCCCUACUGUUGGCAUAAGAAGGACCAGUAUCUGGGGUCUACGUGUUAGAGACUGAUAAGCAUCUAUAUCAGCAUUGAACCUCCUGGAUACAAUUUAAGUUUUCUUCACUUAGAAACUAGGUGUUAUAAGGAAGGUUGUUAUAGUGGGUACCGAACACAAAAUCAGUUGUGGAGCAGGGAUUUCAAGUGCAGCACACUAUACCCCCCAUCCUUAGUCAGUCAUUUAAGUUUCUCCCUUACUAGUCGAUGUAAUGAAAUGCCAAUAUAUCUGCUCAACAGCUUGUCAUUAUAAAAUUGUGUCAUUAAAUAUUUAUAGGAUUUUGUUCACUUCUUUCAUGUGCCAUUAAUAUGUCCUCAAAAUCCCUGCAGUAAAAAAGAUCAAAAGCAUUAAAACAAAAAUAUUCAGACACUUGCUAAUUUUUGGAUGAAAAAUUCACUUUCAGCGUUGGCUAAUUCAGAAUGUUCUGUUGUUACUUUCAGUAGAAGGACUUUUAUUUUAAGUAAUUCUAAAAGGACCAACAAUGACAUUUGUUUGAUCAUAAGUUCUAGGUUAAUCAUUAGAUAGAUAUGGGGUACUUUGGUGUAUAAUUUCAUGUGUGAUGGAAAGACGUAACAGGAAUAAAAUAAAUGUGAUCUGUUAAAAUUAUAAUGAACAGUUAUUUAUUUGCAUUAUUAUGUUUUCAUUCUGAAAGUUCCUGAGUUGUGCAAAUAUUUCUUUCUUGUGGUAAGAUAAUACAGGCUGUUUUGAAAAAAGAAUUUUUCCAUAAAGCAAUGUCUUUAUUUCUAACACUCAUUUCCUUCUCCCAAAAUUUUACAUCA